ACCCCAAAAUAGCAAAGAACGGAACCAAAAAUUUUUGACAUCGCGUUAGAAGCAAGAGACGAACUGAAGAAAUGACGGCGACGAACUCUGAUUCUGAGUCCCAAAAGCCAAGUUUCGAAACAUUUCGAUUGUUCUCCUCCACAGAUGGCGACAGCACCAGUUCUGGGUUCAGUUUUUUUGAUGCUAGACAAGCACCUUCUAUACCCCCACCUCCCUGUAUUGAGGUGUUUGCCUCUGAGGCUUCAUCGUCGGUGGAAUACAAUGCGGAAUCAAUAAGCUUGGAUGGGGUUACUCUGCUGAAGGGAAGGGUCAAUACGCAAGAAGUUUUUGGCUUAUCCAACUCUGAUUUAGUGCCAGGGAAAUAUGAAGGUGGGCUAAAGCUGUGGGAAGGUUCACUAGAUCUAAUUAAAGCCCUUAAUUCAGACAUCAGAAGUGGGCAUAUUUCAUUUUCCAAAAAGCGAGUUUUAGAGCUUGGAUGUGGUCAUGGACUUCCUGGAAUCUUUACAUUGCUUGAGGGGGCAGCUGUUGUACAUUUUCAGGAUUUCAAUGCUGAGGUACUACGUUGUCUCACCAUUCCGAAUGUAAACACAAAUAAAUUUGGGAAACAUCCAUCAUCUUCAAACAUGGCCAUAAGUGACAAGGCAGAAAUUCGCUUUUUCUCUGGGGACUGGAGUGAAAUUGAUAAACUGCUCCCUCUUGUUGAUAACAAUGCAAAGGAUGGUCCUGGUUAUGACUUUAUUCUAAUGGCAGAGACAGUUUACUCAAUCAGCAGUCUCCAGACCCUCUAUAAUCUUGUUAAGAAGUGUCUGCGCCAUCCUGAUGGAGUUGCUUACAUGGCUGCAAAGAAGUAUUAUUUUGGAGUAGGUGGUGGAAGUCGACGAUUCUUAUCUGUGGUUGAAAAAGAUGGGGUCAUGAACAGUACUCUCGUUGCUGAAAUCACAGAUGGUGCAUCGAAUGUGCGUGAAGUAUGGAAGCUUUCAUUCAAGUAGUACUGUGUGUUUGUUUGCUUCCUGCCCAAUCCAAAGCUUGUUUUUCUCUCAAAUGGAUGUCUCCACGAUGAAAAUGAGAUGGCUUGGGCAACAAGUUGCCUCGAUGAAGCGCGGAUAUUUCAAAAAUAGAAUCAUACUGUAUCCUACUCUAGACUUGCUGUCAAAUAUUUCAUGUGACAUAGUGCAUCAAGUUCCGUGGAAACAUUUUAUCUUGUCACCUUUUGGUGUUCAUAUGAUACAGUUGUGUCUUGUAUCUGUGCCAAUGUUGGUGCUUUUUAGGUUCGUUCCAUUUUAUCCAUUUUGAGUGAGUAUUAUUGGACACGUUUCGCCAGCGUGAUGGAGAUUGUAUCAUCUAGCAAAUAUUCUCGUGUCGUGCUAUACUUUUGCAUUAAGAUUUUCCCCCACUAACUUAGAAGGCUUUCCGUACAUAUACUCUUUUUAGAACAGUACAAUGGCUUCUUGAUGGACAA